AUGCCCAUGAUGGUGGACGUGAGCGACGUGCAUGGGCUUCUUGCGGGCAUCGCGCAGCGCCAUUUCCGAGAGCACGCCGUGCGUGAGGUGGAUACGCUUGCAUCAUUUAUGUGUACGGUGAAGGCGAAAGCCACCAUGAGUGGCGAAUGGUACCAAUGGAAGAAAGUCUCCAAGUACGUCGCAUCCGGGCACCAGUUAUUUCGCUCUUCUGCCCCAAACUACAACAUCAGAGAGGGCGACCGAAGUCAGAGACUUACGGCUCCCGCCGUGAAGUUCCUCACGGAUCAAGGGAUUGAUAGCAUUAUCAGCUUCAACGAAUUCUCCUACCGGGACGACGAGAAGAAGCUGUUGGCAGACGCGAAGAUUAGUUAUCUUCAUUUCUCCCUCGAAGACUAUGCCGCCCCUACCCUCGCACAGCUGGAGAGCGCGAUCACUUUUUUCACCGACCCGAAGCAGCACUCCACACUUGUCCACUGCGGCUUUGGCCACGGCAGGACGGGCACUGGUGUGACAGCUCUGCAGUUAGCCGCCACGGAAGGCGACAAUCCUACGGAGUCCGAGUGGAUGAAUGAAAACUAUGUCGAGGAGCCCGUGCAGAUGGAGGUUCUCAGGAAACUUAGGGGCAAGCUCGGGAAGUCGUGA